UCUCAGCUGAGCUGAAGAUUUCAAGAUGGAUCUUAAGCGUAUGAGUAAUGAGGACAAAUUGUCUUUGUGUCGGAAAUAUUACAUUGGUGGGUUUGCCAUGCUGCCGUUUCUGUGGUUUGUAAACUCUGUGUGGUUUUUCAAGGAAGCCUUCAUCCAUCCAAGUUAUAAUGAGCAAAAACAGAUACGCACAUAUGUGAUACGAUCAAUCAUUGGGACAGUGAUAUGGUUGGCAAUCAUUAUAACAUGGGUCAUAGUGUUCCAGUCGAAUCGGGUGACAUGGGGAAUAAUAGGAGACCGCCUGUCUUUUGUUCUCCCAAGAGGCAUUCCCUGAAACAUAACGAUCUACAGAUGUUGACCUAGACAUUGGUAGUACCUGGACAAAUCUCCAACUGGAUUCUAGAUUCUCUUGGCUGCUGGGUCUACUUACAAAGUUGUUAUUCUCUUUACCAUAUACACUAAGUCAUAGAUCAUAAUUGAUACGUCUAGUUCAAGGCCCCCUAUAAUUGAUACAACGUCUAGUUCAAGGCCCCCUAUCAUUGAUACAACGUCUAGUUCAAGGCCCCCUAUAAUUGAUACUACGUCUAGUUCAAGGCCCGCUAAAAUUGAUACGUCUAGUUUAAAGCCCCCAAUAAUUGAUACCACGUCUAGUUCAAGGCCCCCUGUAAUUGAUACAACGUCAAGUUUAAAGCCUGCGAUAAUUGAUACAACGUCUAGUUCAAGGCCCCCUAUAAUUGAUACAACGUCUAGUUCAAGGCCCCCUAUAAUUGAUACUACGUCUAGUUCAAGGCCCCCUAUAAUUGAUACGACGCCUAGUUCAAAGCCCCCGAUAAUUGAUACGACGUCUAGUUCAAGGCCCCCUAUAAUUGAUACAAGGUCUAGUUCAAGACCUCCUAUCAUUGAUGCAAUGCCUAGUUGAAGGCCCCCUAUAGUUGCUUUUUCAGUUAAUAUAAUAUCCCAAUUUUUAUAAUAUUUUUCUCCGGAAAGUAAAAUAUUACAAUAAGUGGGAUCCAUUGUAUAUAUGUAAUAUGACGAAUGUUGUAAAUAAUAAUCAUUUGCUAUUUCAAUUACCAGAUAUACAUAUUUUGUUUUGGAGACAAGGUUAAGUGAACAGUAAAUUUUUUACACUUUUCUUUUCCAAAGUCGAAGGUUAAUUCAAAUUUUCUCUGAAACCAUGGGAUAUGUCAUGAUGGUUCACAAGCCAUUUCAUUGGUACAGAAAAAGAAAUCUGACCAAUUGAUAGGCUGAUACGUGUCUUUCAAAUAUUCCAAAGGUGUUAUAACCGAAAACAACAAACUCGGGUCUGAUGAUCCCAUUAUAAUUGACAAAACAAAUCCAAUUAUCUGUACACACUUAUGUUUAAUUACCGGGUAUAUCUAUUGCAAAAUCGUUCCUAUAUACAUCUACAUAACAAGCAUUAGAUAGAAAGUAAAAAUGAUUUAGACUUAUUUUAUUGUUAAACUAACAAAUGGAAUUGGAGACAAGAUCUUACAUCUUCUCCACUUAAGUGAUAAUGUUUAUAAGGAUAUGUUUUUAAUGUAUCACAGUCCACACAAGAACAAAGAACAGUAUGCAAGUGAAUAUAUUAUCAUAAUACAUUGUAUCAUUAGAAUGGAGAUAUUGAUCGUAAGAAUGAUUUGUCUAGAUUUGAGGUAUUCCCAGAGGAUAUUAAAAAUCAAAAAGAUUACAAAUAUGGUUUUCAUGAGAAAGAAAGAUAUGUUUUCACCAAAAAUCUGAGAAAACCACUUGCAACAUUGCCAUUGUACUCAAAGGGACUCUACAAGUUCCAAUGACCCACAAUGAAAUAUUGCCUGAGGGUAUUACCCCAUGGGGUAAAAUAUUUCAUUCUAAGUCUUAGUAAAGUACAUGGUCGGGACUCUGGGAUUGUGCCUGAAUACUUUGUAGUGCUAAAAGGGUGCAAGUUACCAUUGUACAGUUAUGGUUAGCCCGAGUUUCCUCUGGCCCUAUCACCAGACUUUGACAUUCCGAUAGGCAAAUGUCUGUUGUUAGAGUCAGUGUAAACACUGUUCUCUUUAUCGUGUGUUAUUGAUGAGUAAAGUGAAGAGUGCAUACUUAUAUUGUAAAUGUCAUUAGUAUGUUAAUGAGAUGUAUUGAUCGUGUGUGUGUGUGUGACAGUGUACAUGUAAAUACAUGUAUUUGAGAAUAAGUAAAAUUUGAAUGAAUGAAUGAAUGUAUGAAUCUGAGUAUAAAAACUUGAGUGAAAUAUGAAACAUUAUAAUUUAUUGGCGACAUUAUUUUAUGUAUUUUGAAUAAAAACAAACAAACAAACAAACAAAC